GACGUUUGUUUACAAAAGGGGCUAAAAUUGCUCCUGAAGACCGAAAAACUGAAAAUGGUGACCUGUGCUGUGCGACAUUGCCCCAAUAACGUCCGCAAUGCGUGUGGAAGGAUACGAUUUUUCCGUUUUCCGUCAGACCAUCGAAGACGAAAAUUGUGGACGGAAUUUUGUGACAGAGAGACCCCCUGGACCCCAAAUCACAACAGUCGUGUUUGUAGCGAUCAUUUUGAUGAAUACCAGUACGAAACUCGCCGACAAGACGGGCGCAAAAAACUCUCACCUUUUGCAAUACCUACAGUAUAUAGUAAACAGAUAGAUGUCUGUGAAGAUUUUGUCAACGAAAAUGUUGUCGAAGACGUUAUCAAAGAAGAAAAAAACGUGCUAGGAAUGACUUUAGAGUUCGUCAGUUGUGAGGACUUCAUGUACCACCAGUGCGUUGUUUGGCUAGAUCACGACUAUUGUAAAGUGUGGAGGGACAAUUCCGAGACAACAAUCAAGAGUGAAGCAAUUUUUUUAAAAACAGAACCCGAUUGGAUGUCCACAGAAUUAGAAAUAAAGAAAGAAGACCUGCCUGAAUCACCGUUAAUAGAGACUUUGGAGACGGUUAUCAAAGAGGAGUGUUAAUUUAUAUUUAAAAAAACUAAAAAUGCGGCAUCAAAUGUCAAUUUCAAAGCCGCCUGCGUUUUUACUUUUAGUAACGUGGUUUGGUCUAGGGACUUUUAAUUUUCACCUGUCAUUGUAAAAAACCAGCGAUUGUUUAGUUAAUUUGUGUAAAUAUUGUUGCUGUUUAAGUUAAAAAUGGGUGACUCUCCUCAACCACCGUUUUCGCACGAAGAAGCCCAAAAACUAUGUAAAGAGCCGCCUCAGGAAACCAAAGAUUUUCUCUUCCAACAAACCAUGUACCGGAUUAAGGACCCUAGAAAGACUCUUCCUUUCUACACUGAGGUCCUCGGAAUGCGUUUAUUGCAAAAGUUUGAUUUUCCAUCGAUGAAAUUUUCGCUCUAUUUUAUGGGGUAUGAAGAUCCCAAGGACAUACAAGGUGAAUUGGGGACACCCGAUAGGGGAGAGUGGGCUUUUGCUCGUAAAGCCACGGUUGAGUUAACCCAUAAUUGGGGUACAGAGGACGACGCUGAGUGUAAAUAUCAUAAUGGGAAUUCGGACCCGCGGGGAUUUGGCCAUAUCGGGAUAAUGGUGCCCGACGUAAACAAAGCGUGCGAACGUUUCGAGAAACUGGGAGUCAACUUCAUCAAAAAGCCCCAAGACGGCAAAAUGAAAGACAUCGCAUUUAUAACCGACCCGGACGGGUACUGGAUCGAGAUCUUCAACAACAAAGUAGCCCGUAACUUCUAAUAAUAUAUUGUUAAUUAUGAUACAUCAAAUAAAACAUUUACAGUGA